AACAAAACUGACGUCACGCAAACAAAUGGCAGCCAGCAGUAGCACAGGAAGCAGCAUAGCACCCAAUAUUUUUCAACUUUCAUCCUCUUUUGAAGACACAGAAGGUGGGAUCAGUGUUGCAGUUGAAAGAUGUCCUCUAUGUAGAAAUUCAAGACGCCCAUUUACUUGUCAACGCUGUCUGAGAGACGGGAACUUUGCACAUUCCAAAUGCGAAAAUCCAGAUAAUCGUGAUAAGUUUUCAGUGAAGUUAAGAAAAUGGCAUGCGCUGAAGAAGGAACGAUCAAAAGUUCUUGCAAGGGUAGAAUCAGCUGUGCAAAAGCAUCUUGACAUCGAUGCUAAGAAAACUGAGAUACAACUCUACACCAAAAAGCUGAAUUUACUGCAGAAAGCUAUUGAAGAAGUCAAAAGCAAAGAAGCAAGAGAUCAAGACAACUUAAAAGCCAUCAAAAAGAACAAUGCUUAUAAAAACUCUAAAGUUAAGAAGCAACAAGAAAAACUCAAAAGAAUACUUAAAUACAUGGAAGAUGGCCAAAAUAAAAUGGAGACAAGAGAGGGUUUUUUAAUAGAGAGUGAAGAUGAAUUGAGUAAAAUAAGAAGACAGAGGAUUGACGAACUUGGAACUUUCAUCUUCUCCAUCAAGGAGAUAGAACCAAAAAGCAGUGAGGUAGACAGUAUGCAGUUGAGUACAGUGAGUGCACUAGCAGAGGCCAGGAGGACGGCUUAUGUACGAGGGAAGUGGAUAUACACUGACAAUGGAGGGGAGUUACAGUAUCAGGUGGUGGACCCUAAAUUGCCUGGCCAUGGAGACUACUCGGCAUACUGUGCGUGGAGUGAGUAUUACUUUUACUGUGAUAUGGUAUAG